AUGAGAGACGAAAAAGGCGACAUGCUCAAGGGGGCGCACAUGAUUGGCUUCUUCCGGCGGAUCUGCAAGCUGCUGUACCUCAAAAUCAGACCAGUCUUUGUCUUUGAUGGGCCCCCGCCGACUCUGAAGUGGCAGACUUUGCGACUCCGAGCGCAGCAGCGGGCAUCCGAGGAACGCAUACGUCGAAAAGCCGUAGAAAGACUGCUCCGAAAUCAGCUCCAGCAGCAUAUAUUGCGUGCAGCUGGUGCUGCAUCUGGCGCGGCAGCUGGAGCUUCCAACGUCGAAGGGGAAAGGGAGGCGGACGGGCGUCGCGCAGACGAGCCGGCAGUCGCUCCCGAACGUGAGCAGGACCUGCAACAAGACGCUGAGGACGAGGGCUCACAGUCGGAGGAGUCGGUGGCCUCCGCGCAUCCACCGCCGGAAGUGCCAGCUGCAGGCAGCCGCCGCUGGGAGCGCCGCCGUACUCGUAAUGGCACUGUGCCACUACCCUUCCGUGGCUUCAUGGCCAAGCGCCGCGGCGUCUCUGAGGUUGUUGUUCCUGAACUUCCGGAUGAGCCACUCCGAGACAUCUUGCAAGUUCCCGAUCGGCGAAAUGCUAGAGGUCGAAUGCGUCAGCCGGACGAGUGGAAGGCAGUGUAG